AUGAUGACCGCUCUUCCCACACACGCGCCUGGCUUCGAGCCGAUGCCUUUGUCCGAGAUGCGCAACCUCCGCAAUCUGCCUACGCCAUUUCCUACGAUUGUCCCGGACGGUGUAAUCCUGGUUUCCUUUGAAGACUUUCAGACUUCUUCGGCGGUCGCGUUCUUCGACGAGAAUGACGAACGCAUCGACGCCGACAAAGACACGGACGAACGCGAUGGCCUCGGGAUCGUCGUCGUGCCACUGCCUACACACGCGAAACCCGACGCGAACGGUGUCAUUGGGAGGAAGAGGAGAAGGAAGAGGAAGGUGCAGCUGGCGCUGGGCGACGGUGCUAGGCGCCCGUGGUGGGAGGUUUGGGAGGAUCAUGAGAGCGUGAGAAGGAAGUUGUAUGACCAUCGUCAACCGCAGGCUGAGAGGUUGCUCUUGGCCGCUCAUGAUUUCAAGGAGGGCAGGCUCGGUGUGUGGCCUCAACCCGGAUCAGGCGUUCAGAACCUCUGGGACCAGUUCAAGAUGUAUCUCGGACUCCCUCUUAUCCGCGAAGACAAGCAAAGGAAGUCCAAAGACUAUAUGGUGGACGACGAUGACGAAGACUCGGACGACGGUCUCGACAUCGACAUGGCGCCCGUCGCUCCUGGCCCGCCAUCUUCUCAUCUCGUUGAGAUCGACCUUGGUGAUCCUCAAACGGAACUCUUCCUCGAUGAUCCAGAGAAGAGCAUGAAGAUAUUCUUCUCGUCUCAUUUCCGCACUCAGGGUAACAUCUACAACACCCAGCACUGCCUCGUCUUCCCCAAACUAGUCCACUUCUUCCUCUCCUACCUCAUCCGCUCCAGAGUCUUCCCGGAGAACCGCAUCUCAACCUCCCUACACCUCGCCGUAACCAUCGCCGAACACGCCAGCCGCGAACUGCCCCUAACAUCUCAAAUCGCCAGCACGUUCCCGGACGACGUCAGUAGGGCGUUCCAGACGCUUUGGGGCCGUCGGCGGAUCAGCUCGACUGAGGCGGACGAGCAGGAUAGGAGCAUCGCGCAGGACGUUCAAGCGCAAGAGGCGUUACAUGAGAAGAUUAGGAAGGAUAGUGAGGAGGCGGAGAGUGUCAGGAAGAGGGAGCUUGAGGAGGCGAGGGAGAGGCAGAUACGGAUUGAUAGGGAGAAGGCCGAGGCGCUUCGGAAGCGCGAGGCUGCCGCUGCUGCCGCCGCCGCCGAGGCUGCCGUUGAUAGCGAGGCCAAGGCAGAGGGAGAAGAGUCUGAGGUUCACUCCAGCGAGGAGACGCUAGUGGACGGAGAGACCUCGACGGGUUGGGGUGACACCACUGCGAACGCUGGCGGAUGGGGCGACAAUGAGUCUAAGGGAUGGGGUGGCGGAUGGGGCGAAACCCCCGGAGGUUGGGACACGACGCAGGACGACCCAUGGCUCUCGAACGAGUCUACAGCUGGCUGGGGCGCCACCAGCGCCGAACAGAUCAUCAACACCGCCAUGCCAACAUACGAACCUCCAUCGCUCUUCAAGUUCCUCGGCGCCACUGCUCUUCCACUUACGCAUAGGCCAGGCGUCGUCGAGCGCUCUACGCGCCGUAUCAAGGGCGUUCAGUGGCCGGCCGAGAGGAAGAUCUGUAAGACUUCGAGCGGGCCGAGCGCGGAGAGCGUCGAAGAAGAGCUGAUCACGAAGUUCGCGCGCGUCGUGCUCGAGCCUUGGCCCAACACCGAGUCGUUCGGCGAGCCGACCAUCUUACCUUCAAGCCACGGCAAAGUCGACCUCAACCCCGCUCCCGCGCCCGGCGUCACCGGCCACGCCCCUCUGCGCGACACCAUCACCGUGCUCGUGCACCCCGACUCCGUCCCGCUGUUGCAGAAUGCGGUGGGGAUGGGGUUGGGCGCGACGUGGACGGAGAUUAAGAGGGUUGAGGUUGUCGAUGGGAAGAAGGUUAAGACGAAGGGCGCGAAGGAGCUUUGGUAUAUGGAGGAGUUGACGCAGCAGGUUCCGAGCUUUUGGACGAAGGGGAAGGGUGGGGAGGAUGUGUAG